AGACGAAGGCCGGGGAACGUUGGCAGUUGGUACAUUCUGCUCUGUCUGCGGUAGGAAUCUACCCGGCUCCACUUCAAGGGGAUGAACCAUGGACUCCUUCACAAGGGUCUAACACACAGAAAGAGUAGAGGACGAGUGAAAAUUAUAUCCUCUGUGACACCGCCAUGGCCUCCUUGCGGCUGUCUUCCCAGGAGUUGGUGGGCGGCUACUCAGCGCCCUCUGCAGGUCCCCAGUUGUCGGUGCAGCCUCCAGUUCCAGUAUGGGUUUAAGCCAGGCAGGAGUUUAUUAAGAUGGAUCUUAUGAAGUCACGUUGCUAUGAGUUUGUGUUUAUUUAAUGGAUAACCCACAAGAUUUGGACUUUGUGCACUCUGUUCUGCAAGCGGAGUUUCUUUUAGAGGGAUGGCUCGACGCUCCAGCUCCAGUCUCCACUGAAGGUCCCUUCGCCCCUCUUCUCGUUACUGUGAGGGCAGUGCAGAGCCCCAAGGAUCCUGCAACCAAUCCUCCAGAACCUCAGCACGAAGCCAAGCCUCCAGAUCCAGCUUACACUGAGUGGACGACAGACGUUCCAGCUCUAGUUUUCGCUGGAGGUCAGCCUUCCUCCACAGCUACAGUUCCAAAGUGGGGUUCAAGGAUGAAUCGCCUCCCAUCCACGUUCCAGAGUUCAGAGAGGGGUUCAAGGAUGAAUCGCCUCCCAUCCAAGUUCCAGAGUUCAGAGAGGGGUUCAAGGAUGAAUCGCCUCCCAUCCACGUUACAGAGUUCAGAGAGGGGUUCAUGAAUGAAUCGCCUCCCAUCCAAGUUCCAGAGUUCAGAGAGGGGUUCAAGGAUGAAUCGCCUCCCAUCCAAGUUCCGGAGUUCAGAGAGGGGUUCAUGAAUGAAUCGCCUCCCAUCCACGUUCCAGAGUUCAGAGAGGGGUUCAAGGAUGAAUCGCCUCCCAUCCAAGUUCCAGAGUUCAGAGAGGGGUUCAAGGAUGAACCGCCUCCCAUCCAAGUUCCAGAGUUCAGAGAGGGGUUCAAGGAUGAAUCGCCUCCCAUCCAAGUUCCGGAGUUCAGAGAGGGGUUCAAGGAUGAAUCGCCUCCCAUCCAAGUUCCAGAGUUCAGAGAGGGGUUCAAGGAUGAACCGCCUCCCAUCCAAGUUCCAGAGUUCAGAGAGGGGUUCAAGGAUGAAUCGCCUCCCAUCCAAGUUCCAGAGUUCAGAGAGGGGUUCAAGGAUGAAUCGCCUCCCAUCCAAGUUCCAGAGUUCAGAGAGGGGUUCAAGGAUGAAUCGCCUCCCAUCCAAGUUCCGGAGUUCAGAGAGGGGUUCAAGGAUGAAUCGCCUCCCAUCCAAGUUCCAGAGUUCAGAGAGGGGUUCAAGGAUGAAUCGCCUCCCAUCCAAGUUCCAGAGUUCAGAGAGGGGUUCAAGGAUGAAUCGCCUCCCAUCCAAGUUCCAGAGUUCAGAGAGGGGUUCAAGGAUGAAUCGCCUCCCAUCCAAGUUCCGGAGUUCAGAGAGGGGUUCAAGGAUGAAUCGCCUCCCAUCCAAGUUCCAGAGUUUCGAGAGGGGUUCAAAGAUGAACCGCCUCCCAUCCAAGUUCCAGAGUUUCGAGAGGGGUUCAUGAAUGAACCCUGUAAUGGAAAUUAUUUUAUUAAGUGCUCUAAAGUGUUCCAAAGUGUAUGACCUUUAGGUUACCUCUCUCCUCAGAACAUCUAUGUUAGAGGAGGAAGCUGUAAAAGCCAG